AUGGAGAAAGAGAAUACGAGUUACAGACUGGUUACGGUAGAGUGUCUGGUGCCACUGAAGAGGCCCUGGAAGGUGUCAGAGGAGCUGUUUCGGAGACUGUGCACGUGUCUGUUCAAGGAGAGCGACCUUCUCGACGGCACCCCUGCUGCUUUCAAAGUGAAGGGUGUUUUGAAGCAGGGGAAGAUGGAUGCCUCUGGUGGAGUGGUCGUAGACGCCCUGGUUGAGUUUCUUGUUUUCAAGUAG